UCGUCUCGUUUUCCCACCUCGGGGCCCACGUCUCCCGAAUUCACUUGGCAAAUUCGGCUGGAGCUUCGCUUACGGUGAGGGGCCCGCCCCGCCGCGGGAACGCACCUGGCGGCCAAGGAGCCUCCCGGGAGAGCACACGGGCUCGCGGCUGAGGGAUUUUCAAGAUGAAUUAUACCGAGUCCAGCCCUUUGAUAGAAUCACCUGCAAUAGGUUUUACACCUAAGUUAGAAAGUAUCAUACCUGUGCCUUCCAAUGAGACCACAUGUGAAAACUGGAGAGAGAUACAUCACUUAGUUUUUCAUGUAGCAAAUAUUUUUUUCACAAUUGGGUUGGUUAUUCCAACUACACUUCACCUUCAUAUGAUACUUCUUAGAGGAAUGUUAACUAUAGGCUGUACCCUUUAUAUUGUCUGGGCCACUCUCUACCGAUGUGCCUUGGAUAUCAUGAUCUGGAACUCUGUGUUCCUGGGUGUCAACAUUUUGCAUCUGUCAUAUCUUUUGUACAAGAAAAGACCGGUAAAGAUUGAGAAGGAGCUUAGUGGCAUCUACCGCCGAUUGUUUGAACCCCUCCGUGUGCCUCCAGAUUUGUUCAGAAGAUUAACUGGACAGUUUUGUAUGAUCCAAACCUUAAAAAAGGGCCAGACUUAUGCUGCAGAGGAUAAAACCUCCGUUGACGACCGUCUGAGUAUUCUCCUAAAGGGGAAAAUGAAGGUUUCCUAUCGAGGACAUUUUCUGCAUAACAUUUACCCCUGUGCCUUUAUAGAUUCUCCUGAAUUUAGAUCAACUCAGAUGCACAAAGGUGAAAAAUUCCAGGUAACCAUCAUUGCAGAUGAUAACUGCAGAUUUUUAUGCUGGUCAAGAGAAAGAUUAACUUACUUUCUGGAAUCAGAACCAUUUCUGUAUGAAAUAUUUAGGUAUCUUAUAGGAAAAGACAUUACAAAUAAGCUCUACUCAUUGAAUGAUCCCACCUUAAAUGAUAAAAAGGCCAAAAAGUUGGAACACCAGCUCAGCCUGUGCACACAGAUCUCCAUGCUGGAAAUGAGGAACAGUAUAGCCAGCUCCAGUGACAGUGAUGACGGCUUACACCAGUUUCUUCGGGGCACCUCCAGCAUGUCCUCUCUCCAUGUGCCAUCCCCACACCAGCGGGGCUCUGCCAAGAUGAAGCCAAUAGAAGAAGGGGUGGAAGAUGACGACGAGGUCUUUGAGCCCGUGUCUCCAAAUGCAUUGAAAGUCCAUCAGUUGCCUUGAUCAGAGACACUGAGGUCAAGUGACCGAGACGGAAAUUUGUCUUGAAGAGAUCCUGAAAAAUACCAGCACUUUGUCGUGGCUUAGUGAUUACCCGGCUCUCGCCCUGGUAGUCUGAGGGCAGGAUAGCGAGGAAGGGUGGAAAAAAUGGGAAGGUUAUUUCAGCUCCCCUUUUUUAUUGAUCAGCUUUUUAUGCAAUUGUUUUCCUGAGCCUCCUGACUAAACCUAGUUCUAUUUUUGAGAUACGUAUCUUCACAGUGUUUUCUAGGUGUAUUAUUGUUUUCGCUCAGCACCCUGUCAAUGCAAAAAUGCCUUUUCACUGAUUUUUUUUCUGAGUUGUGGUUCAUUUUCCUCACAGUUCCUCUCCACCGUGGCAAUGGGGUCGUCCAUUUGAUAGUUGUAACCAACGGUAGAAGUUUGAAAUUGAGGUUGAGGUAUCAUUAAAAAGCAGGGAGUCUCAGGCCUUGAAUUGUUAGCUGGAAAUUUUUAAAGAAAGAUGUGAUUUGACCAGCGUUUAUUUUUUUUCUCCCAGGCCAGACACACUGCUCCGCUAGAUCACCUUACGUAUCUGGGCAUUGUGUAGAUGGCUUGAUAAUGAGCAAAGCUCAUCAGACUUUGCUCACAUUACCCGCAUAUUAUGCUGUGUGUAAUCGGGUCUGAAACCAAAGCUGGAAAGAUAACAGAUGGAAGCAGUCCUGAGCUCAGCUUGACCUUCAGGAAAACUCAACUUACCUGUGAUUUGGAGCCAUCUUGUCCCACACACGCCGGUAUGGGCGACACUUUGGGGUAGGGAGUCAUGUGCCCAAGCAAAUGUCACAGAAUGAGGUGAUUGAAAGAGCAUUUUCGUUCUGUGAUCGGUAUUCUGAGGUUUCAGACUGUUCCUCCAGAGCCAGAGCUGUCUCUUUAAAAUGUGUGCCGGAUACCCAGUGCCAGGUUUGCGAAUGUGGACACAGCUUUGUGGGCAAUUUCCAUAAGCUGUGCCGAGGGCACCCACCUUAGAUGUUGGUGUGAGGGCUUUGACUGUAAAUCUCUCUUUUCUACCAGAAUCGUGUUUCAGGACACAGUGGUAUUUGGCUGGUGGGAAAUGAGAUGUUUGCCGAAAUCAUCAUACUGGUCAUUGUGACUGUGCCACUCAAUUGGGUGAAGCCUGUAGAUCGACUACGUGACAUCAUACAUACAUAGUGUUGAUUUUCAUUCACUAGACCCAACUUGAGUCAGUCCCCUAUUAUAUAUAUUAAAUGGCUAAGAAAAGUUCCGAAUGAAAUUACUUUCAGGUAAGCUGAGCCAAAGGCAGCCUAUCUUGCCAACUUGCCAAGAGGUGAUUUCUGUCAGAGAAAGUAGAUAAGCUACUCUAGGGUCACCUCACUUUCCUAAACCCUUUUUUUUUUUUUUUUUUUGGCCAAUUAGUUUAGUAAUUUCACUUGAGUUAAAUUUACACGCUCGGGUCAUUCACUAAGAGAAUUUCCACAGGCUGGGAAUCCAGCUCCUAACAUCCUUAUCACAUGUUGCCAUAUUAACAUCACAGUGGAAAGGCUGAUUUCACUUCACUAGUAGAGUGGUUUCUUCAGUUUUCUAAAUUAUAAAUAUAUUUUGGGGAAAUGAAGCACAGGUGAAUGACUUAGCCUUGGCUCUAGGAUUGUAAAGAUUCAUUGGGUUGAACCAGCCCUCCCUGUGCCUGAGACCACACGUGCGGGUAACUGUAACGUAACGGCGCUGGUAUGGCUUCCCUCUAACAGCCCGAGAGAGGUCGUGUAGACCAUUUAGUUCACACAAGCAUAAGACUAAUUUGCCAAAUCACUCUACAGAGUAAUUAGAUAUUCCACUCUUCCCCGAAUGGAAAGUCAUUUUAGAUUCUGCUGAGGCCACGUUUUUAAUGUUCUGUGGAUCCUCAAAAGCUUGGGAUUUCCCUAGCCUGACCCAUCUCCAGAUGUGUCUGACUUUGUCAAGCUGAGACAGUGGAAAGGGGAGGGGGUCAUCUCUUAACUGUCAACCUGCAGGUGUUUAGAGGUUAUUUUCUGUAGCGCUGGGACCAAGCAUGUGUAAAGGCACACCGCUAAAACUAGAUGACAGGAAUUCAUUUAGUGUUUUUAUUAAAACCCAUGUGUGCGUGUGCACACCCAUCAGUGUUUUUCAUAACAAAGAUCAUAAUCUCGAGCUUAGGAAUCUUAAAAGAGCCACUUAGCCUGAAUGGGAAACAUGAAACUAUUUUUUAAAUACACACCUCUAAGAAAGACAAUGAGACUCGGAGAAAAGGAGAAACAAGCCGCCGAGCAGCCCUCCCACAUAGACUUGAUAGCAAAAGAGCAGAUAAGGAAACAGAGAAGAGUUCUUAGUGUAAGAUCUCCUGUGGAUGGCUUGGGGUUCAUUUAUACAAGUGAACAAGCGCAUCUUUGUGUAAGGCGUAAAUCCAUAGACAAAAAAAAACCACGUUUGUUGCCAAAGCCACCAAUAAGAUGCUUCCUGUGUUUUUUGGUGUCCCCUUAGCUUUGUGACCAAGGUUCAGAAGAUGGUCUGCAAAAAUCAAUCUAUAACCCCAAAUCUACUGUUUAAAUGUAACAUCAAGUCUGUUGUGUGAAUCGGGAGUGUAACAUUUAUACCAGGAUGUAUGUGUCAUUUGUAGUGUUUUGAAAGCCCUCAUGUUUAUAUUUAUAAAAUGACAGCACAGAUACUAUAUAGAAACUCAGUGAUGUUUAUAUAUCUUGAAUCAGUAAUAAUGGGUGCUAUAUAAUUGCCAGUGACCAUCCGUUGCUUUCCGGGAUCGUUUCCACUUGUCCCUGUGGCUCACUUGCCCCUUCAUCAUUGGGUACCAUUUGUGUUUUGCUGCCAAUAGUGUGCGCACUGGGAGACACCCCCUUCUUCGUAUCUGGUUCUCCUUCCGCAUAUCUGCAGCUAUUCUGAUUUUCUAAUUGGGAACUGCCGAUUCCUGCCUCCCAAGUCCUAUUAUAGCCCCAAAGGUAGAGCCUCUCGGAUGUUGGGAAAAAAAUCUUUGGGGAAAGUUGGUGCGGCCAGGUAACGACUCAGGGUGAGGUGGCGCCCAGCAAGCCCUUGGGCGUGCGGGUCAGCGUGUGCAUGCCCGAGCCCUGCUCAGUGCCCUCCUCCCUGCAGACCCCAGGGAGCAGCUCUGAGGACUCCCAGUUGUUUAUUUCUUUUGUCCAUUUCUUUGGACAUUUCUAGAAGCUGCUUUGUCAGAAACCUCUGACCUUGCCAUGCCUCCAUUCCCCCACCCUUGUUUUGCAAACCUGGUUUCCCAACCUCUUUUUCUAAUUUUUUCCAUCUAAAGUGAUUAGAAAUUCCCACCUAUUCAAUUCAAGUUCAAUUCAAGGGACAGGACACUGUGUAGGGAACUCCAGGCUGCAGUGUAGUCACCGCUUCAGUCUGGCUCCAGGGAUGAUACGUUUUCUCACCGACAGCCAUUCUUUGAUUCUCACAGGAGCCCACAUACCUUGUGUGUAACAAUAUAUUGUGUCAUUUAAGAAAUCUGCUUUUAAGUUCCAUUUAUAGGUUUUUCUGUUAUAUUUGCAACCUAGUUUUAAAGUACACAGGGAUUUUAUGAAUGCUUUAUACAGACACAUUUGUAGGAAACCCAUUCUUUCUGUUUUUAGGUGCCAUUGACGUUGGUAACAUUUACUUUAUAGUCAAUUUACAUUUUGUCUGCAGAGCCUUAUAGUUUAAAAUAUCUUCAUAGAUUGUCAUUUGAUCAAAUAAAUUUCUUACUUAGAAAAUA